CCUCCGAGGCUGCUCCCCGUCCUCCGCGACCACGCCGACGUGGGCUACCUCAACAACUGCAAGUACGGCCUGCACGGCCCCAUCGAGGUGCUGUCGCUGCGGGCCAUGGCGGCGCUCGCGGCGGACUACGCCCUCAGCGAGGCCGGCGACGAGCCGGCCCGGUGCCUCGAGGCCAUGCCGGAGGCGGUCGAGGGCCCAGCGCAGUGGGGCGAGGACAUGUUCCUGGACAAGUGCCUAAGCGAGGUGCUCGGCGUGGACUCCGUAAUUGACACCCGGCUGAUGUGCGAAGCACACUGCGACUGUCCGAAUUGGUACUGGUGCGGAAACGGCACCGACCGGGUCAUCUCUCUCUUCCACCCCUUCAAGAUGCCAGACAUGCUCCGCCAGUGCCUGGCCAACACGCUGGAGUCCAGCGGGUUGGCCCGCCAGUGAGCCAGCCGCGCAGCAAAGUGCGCGGAGAGCGGUGUGGGCGGCGACGUUUGCUCGCCAAGGCAAAAA